AUGGGCAAUCCACUGCCCGUGGACCUGCCUGCCGAGUGCCGGAAAGCAGACAAGGUACUCAAACAGUUCGUCGACCCUGUCAAUGGCCUCGAUAGGAUCAUCCCACUGACGGUCUUGCGCCGAGCCAAGGGCUUUGCCAUCUUCUCCAUUUUCCGGCUCGGCUUCCUCCUCACCGCCCGCGCCGGAUCAGGUGUGGUCAUUGCCAAGCUCCCCGAUGGGACCUGGUCUGCUCCUUCGGCUUUGGGGAUCGGCGGAAUUGGUGGAGGAUUCUCUGCCGGUGCAGAGGUGACCGACUUUAUAGUCGUGCUCAACUCCAGGUCGGCCGUCAGGAGCUUCAUGGCGACGGGAAGCCUGCAGUUGGGAGGCAACCUUAGCGUCGCAGUGGGACCGGUGGGCAGAUCAGCAGAGGCCUCGGGAGCACUGAACAGUAGUGGAAAGGUAGCAGCGAUGUUUAGCUACUCUAAGAGCCAGGGACUCUUUGGUGGUAUCUCCCUCGAGGGCACGAUUCUUGUUGACCGGUCCGAUGCAAAUCACAAGGCAUACGGCAGGGGAGCAUCAGCCAAGCAGAUCCUCUCUGGCAACAUGGAUCCCCCAUCCUUCGCAAUGAGCCUCAUAGACACAAUUGAGCGCCUCUCCCUCACAGGACGCAUGUCAGAAGCGGCCCAGGCUGACGAGAUUGAGCCUGGAGCCGGGAGAGACAGUUGGGACAUGGAUGAUGACGGAUAUUCUGAGCAAAGCACAUCAGGCAGAGCUGGCAACAACGACAGCGGCAUUGAUGGCUACUUCUCCCGAGCCGAUCUGAACUCCCAGCGGCGUCCGAGUGAUCGAGGUGACAUCACACCAGGAGCCUCUAGGAAGUCUCCUUCCGCGGAUUCCCAGCCCAAGAGGGACGAUAGAGAUCCUUUUGCGACAUCGGAAGACGAAGAGACGUAUAGCAUGGACAGAGAAAACGCGACGCGCAAUGCCGGAACGUAUGCCUUUUCCCCAGCCGGUGGUGGAUCGGCGACCAAUUCGCCGAAGAUGUCACGGGGAGGAUCAGACUACGGUCGUUCUCAAUCUUUCACCAAGUCAGGAUCCAAGUCCCCCGGCUACUUUGAUGACUACUCAGCAAAUACAAAAGAGAAGAGGAUGAGCCCUGUGAGCAGCAAGCGACCUAGCUUUGGCCAUCGCAAAUCCUCGUCUUCCUUCUCCCUGUCCAGAUUCGGCAUUGGCAAGGGCGCUCAGACACCUCCUGCCGGAGGCGUGAGCCCUUCAACGUCUCGCAAGACGCCUCCACCAGGCUCAUUACUCAACAGCGACUUUCACCAGAGCUUCGGUCGGAGCUCUGAAAGUGAAGACGAUUACGCACUUGGCUCCGCGGACGACUCUCGUCUCUAUGGAUCCGGUAAAGAUCCGUACACAAAUGGUGGUCUGAAGAAGACAACGGCUGCAGAUGCGAUCAGAGCUGCUGCCGGUAAUCGAGGGGACUAUGGCCGGGGCUCAACAGCCAGGAGUGCUGGCCUUUCUUCCUCGCGUCAGCAGGCCUCGAAAGCAGAUGCAUUUGGCGACCUCUGGAAAUCGGAAAGAGCAAAGGAAGAGCUCAGUGGGAUGGACCACCUCGAUCGAGAGCUGCAGGGCGGGGUCGGAAGCUCAAAGAAGUCUAGUGGAAUCUCGUCGUCCAUAUCGAAUGACUACUACGGGCCGAAUCCACAUUCCGGUGUCUUCUCUUCACCUCAAAGACCUGCCAGUGGCUCACAGGUCGAUCGGACCCGCUUCUCCAAGAGUCCAACAUUCCUGAGCAAGUCCUUCAGGACAAGCAGUGGCAAUGGUAUGCGCAGCAAAUCCUACACUCAAGAGAUCACAAGUGACGCCUCCGAUCACGAUGACGAUAGGGGGGGUCUGUGGCGUUCCGACUCAAAGGAGAGCUCCAGCCGAGACGCAAUCAUCGGCAAUGGUGGCAAUGGUCUAUCGAGCAGUAGCAGUCGCAUGGCAGCCUACCUCCGCGAAGGUCCCACACCCGCUGCCCGCUCCUCGAGUCACGCCAGCUACCCUUCUUCACCACCUUCCGCAAGUACCCACUCCAAUCUUCAACCCUCCCUCUUCGACGACGACUUUGAUCUUCCAUCUACCUCUGGCACCUCCACUAGCGCUUAUAGUUCCUCGCCUACCUCGACGCGCGCAGCAGGGACAGCCGCUGCCUCGCGCCUCCCUUCGCAGGGGAGAGUUAUUGCAGCAUUUGACUUCCAGGCGCAGGAGCCUGAUGACCUGCCCCUGACGAGGGGAGAGGUCAUCAUGGUGCUCAAGAAGAGCGCGAAUGUCAAUGAUUGGUGGCUGGGGAGAAACUCCAGUGGACAAAUUGGGUCUUUCCCUGGAAACUAUGUUGAGAGUGUUGAUUGA